AUGCCAGAUCUCUCACCACAUCUUUGCCGGGACUUCCUCGCUCUUCAUAUACUCUUCGCCAGACAGCACGAUCCCUACAUCAAUGCUGAGGCAGUGAUUCACUUGUGGUAUUCUGCCAAAAUGCCUUCUAUGCUUUGGAAUCAUGUCGCUAUCGUGAUGAAGGAAUAUUUUGAAGACUUUGAGGCAAGUAUUGAAGAUAAGCUAAGAGACCCGAACAAAGCCAAGGCAGGGACAAAACUGUUUCCGCUAUCAUGCACGCUGGGAUGGACACGGAACAACAUUGAUUUCCAAUGCUGUCUGCGCGAGGAUGGGUGGCAGCUGUUGAGAGAUGUGCUGAAACAAAGGGAUCAGAUAUCCUCUGAAGACGCAGCAGCAAUCCGGGCUCUGGACUUAGAAAAGAACAGUGAGCCUCUGAACGUUGCCGCCGCACGAAUGACGCACUCCAGGUUUUUGGGACUCUGUAAGUGGCGAAACGACGGCAUGCUGCUACCUUUCGGACAUCCGCGAGACGACUUUGACAUGUUUAACCCGUGA